AUGAGUUAGACAGACCAUCAGUGGUAGUACAGAUGGUUAACUACCUUUAGCGCCUAUCGAUGAAGGUAUCUUCUUCCCGGUUGACUUUUGUCAAGAGCCCUGACGCUUGCUCGAAGUAUUAACAUGCGUGAUUUUCUGAAACCGUACCGCAUCUAUCUGGCCGUGUGGGAACACCAACCCUACAUUGCCACGUUACAGCGCUUGUUUACGGAAGACAGACAUAAGACAGAGGUGACCACCAAGGACAAUUAUCAAUCUAGUGCCCCUGAAAACCUGAGUGUAAGCGUAACUGGGGUGGAAGUGGAGUUCGUCAACUCGAGACACACACAGUAAGUCAACUCGAGACACACUCGAGACACACACAGAAUACCCUUGGAGAGAAGGGUAUUCCAGAGUGCUAUCGACGGGACUGUGCCGAACAGUUGAGAUAAUGACGUCUUUGACGCUCCCCCAGUUUCCAGAAGGGAUACAGGUGGCAGGACAUACAGUACCAGUCAAAAGUUUGGACACACCUACUCAUUCAAGGGUUUUUCCUUAUUUAAAAAAAACAACUAUUUCCUACAUUGUAGAAUAAUGGUGAAGAAAUCAAAACCACAAAAUAAUACAUAUGGAGUCAUGUAGUAACCAAAAAAAGUUAAAUGAACAUAUUUUAUAUUUGAGAUUCUACAAAGUAGCCACCCUUUGCCUUGAUGACAGUAUUCACACUUCGCAUUCUCUCAACCAGCUUCAUGAGGUAGUCAGCGGAAGGAAGCGUGUGUGACGCGUCUUGGGGCUCAACCUGUGCUUUUGCUCAAAGAAGUGAUCAGUGGGGUAGCGUUGAGUGUAGAGGUGGACCAAAUGAAAAAUAAUAUCCUGGUGUUUGAGACUCCGGCCGUUUGGUGAGACGUAGACCCGGAGGCAAAGGUGAGACUAAGAAUACCCCGGCGAGACUGAGAAUACCCCACCUGUCUUGUUGAGCUUUGACACAGAAUUUAUACCUGAUAAGGUCAGGUUUGCUAUUCUGUGAGGGCCUAUGUUCUGAACCCACUACAGUGCUUCAGGUGCCAAGGAUUCAGACAUGUUGCAGCAGUGAGUAUAAGGGAGAUCCCAUGAUGUGAGAGAAGUGCCAGAGGGCAUAAUCUGAGGGAGUGUACAUCUGGGAUAGAGAAAGCACUGCGUGUCAACUGUGGGAGCGCCCAGGCAGCUGUGGAUCCCAAUUGCCCUGUGAGAGACAGGUUGAGAUUGGCAGUGGGGCAGAAAGUUUCCUAUGCUGAGGCAGUGAAGGGAGUAGAUGAUAGCCCUAGAGUGAGCAAUUCGACUGGGAGGCUAGAAGAGAGAACCAGAGAGAGAAUGGGUUUUAGUAAAUUAGGAUUUAUUGUGUUUAUAGACUUGGUAGUUGCAGCUGCAGAUCAAUAUUUUGGGGUGAGACAUUUUAGUGUAGAACCUCUGAAGGAAGUUUAGGGCCAAUGUAGUUGGAUGGUGUGGUGGGAAUAGUGUAUAGGUGCAGGGUUAUAUGGUGGUGCAAUUUAAGAUUGGGGGGAGUGAACAAAAUGUGCAAUCGGCACUCCGACCUGCAGCAAUACACAGAACAGCGUCGAGUCUGUCGGAAAUUCACACAGAACAAUAAGGUUUUCCAGAGCUAGUGCUAACGUUAGUACUGCUACUGUAGCGAUUGAGGAGAACAGUUGAACCAGGGCCAGAACCAGCAGGGACUCAAGUCCGGGGUCGUCGAUAGCUGAGCCGCAAUGGUGGAGAAGUCCGACCGGGCACCGCUACUGGACUGGGAGGAGGUUCCUCCGGCCGAGAAGCCUGUUCCCACACCAGUACAGGAGAAGGACGUCAAGGGGCCGAGCCCCGCCAAUAGUCGGGCGUCGGGAUGCACUGCGCCGGGGAUAGGGUGGAGCACCAGUCCGGGGGGUCCUGAGUUUUUAACAUCAGCAGUCUCUAGCAUAGACACAUCUCUCUCAUCCAGGAGCACGAUCCCCACCCCUGCGGAAUGGGAUGCUCAGUGUCCCGACAAGGAUGACCAUACCCCGGCCUCAGGACAAGGAGAGGUGCCGCACGACAUCAUGGUGAAAUGGGAAGAAAAGGAUCCGAUCGUGGCCGUGUUUGUGGUUACAUUUGAUACAAGAUCAGGUAACAUGUUAGAGUGGUGUCUGCCCGGGGACAUGAACCUGGAGGGAGUAGAGUUCAAGGCUAUGGCCAGCGGCUCCCACAGAGUCUCCAGCGACUUCAUAUACUUCCGUAAGGGCGGGUACUUUGGCCUGGCGUGCUUUGCCAACAUGGCGGUGGAUAGUGUGGUGGAGAGGGGGGCAAGAAUGAAGUCUGUGGGUAUCCUGUCAACAUCUUACACCCUGCUGUACCGAUACAUGAGCUUCCUGGAACACCAAGUCAGGCUCCAGUUGAAAACUCCUGGCCAGUACUCUCCUCUGGAGGCGUUCUUUGAGGAUAAGAGAUCCGUGCUGCCCCCCGAUGGGGAGAGUGUGGUUACUGCAUGUCCUGGCAGUGCCUGGGGAGCAGCUCUCAACCACUGUAUGCACCCUGAGAUGAAGAUCACCCACCCAGCUGGCUGCAUGUCUCAGUUCAUCCAGUUCUUUGGGGAGCAGAUCAUGGUCCUGUGGAAGUUAGCUCUGCUGAGGAGACGUAUCCUCAUCUUCUCUCCUCCACCUGUGGGCGUGGUCUGUUACAGAGUGUACUGCUGCUGUUGCCUGGCCAACGUGUCCAUCCCGGGGGUGGGCGUGGCCGUGCCAGAGUUCCGCCCCUUCUUCUAUGUCAACGUGGCAGACAUUGAUACCCUGGAUACGGAACUGUCCUACGUAGCGUGCACCACAGAGAAGAUCUUUGAGGAGAAGCGGGACCUGUACGACGUCUAUGUGGAUAACCAGAAUGUGAGGACGACCAGAGAGAGUCUGAAGCCUUUACUGCGGCUCAGCGCUGCUGACAGAGAGAAGUACCGCAAACUUACUGAACAGAGGCAGAUGCUGUUAUAUUCUCAGGAGGAGAAUGGAGACUGUGUGUCCAGUGAAGAGGACCACUUCAUUCUGUUUUUCCUGGAGCAGAAUAACCGUAUCUUCCAGACGCUCAGUGAGGUGGCAGGGAGACCUGAGCCCAUCCUAACCCAGGAGAGUGUGAGGGCCAUGGGGCUAGACCCUCACGGAGACAGGCUCUUCCUGCUCCACCUGCUGGAGACAUACGGCUAUGACAGCCUCCUGGUCACCGAUCACCCUUGCUGCAGCUGAGGCCUGGGUGGCACACUGACUGACCUACAGGAUCCUGCACACUCAGACACACAGACUCAAUGCAGACAGUCUGGAGUCUGGACUGAGAGGUCAGAAUAUGUUGGCAUGGCUGAGACAAAGGCCUGUAUUCAUAAAUCGUCUCAGUAGUGCUGAUCUCAGAUCCGUUUAGCCUUUUAGAGCUCAUUGAAUAAGACUUACAUGGACAGGGGGGACCUGAUCCUAGAUUAGCAUUCCUACUCAGAUGCUUUAUGAAUAAGGGAGACCCUCAGGCCCAAAAAAGCAAAUGAAUGGAGAGAGCCACGGAACAAGAAAAGUUCUUGGUUCUUGGUACUGUCCUAUGACAUUCAUGGAUGCUCAAUCUGGACUGUUAAACAUCGCCUUCCUGCCGGUCAAUAAAAUGUACAGUACAGAGGAAUGUCAUUCAUGUCUAUCCCCAACCCCUCUUUUUCUGGAGGAGUGGAGCCAACCAGAAACAUCCUGGAACUCUGGAGAUUCGGUGCCUAUGAGCAGAACUUACCAAGAAAGUCAUGCUUACGGUUUCCUUAUGUUUUCAAAUGGGGAGUCAAAUCUAAACUCUGUGGUCAUGUCCUCAAACUGAGGGAGGAUUUGUCACUUCUCUUAAUAGGACAUCGAUUUAUUUAUGUUUUUGAGAGAAGAAAUCACCAAACUUUUGUCUUUAAAUAGAAAGGGAUCUGUAGAAUGUGUUUUUUAUUAUAAAAUGAUCCCAUUAAGUCACUGCUAAGCCCAAAACCACUGUGGUCAGAAUUGUAUAGAAAUGGCCACCAACACCAUCCAUAAUCAUGAUACUACAGACCUGAUACUAAGGGCCCGAUUCAAUCCGUAAGCGCUGAAGGUCCACGCUACAGUGCGAUAUACAUUUAAAGGCCAUGUUUUACGCAUUCCCGGUAAACGCUGCAUAUGUCAACUCAUUCAGAAAUGACCUUUACAUUUCAGUCACGCAACUUCUGUAUAUAUAUAUGUAUAUGCCAUUUAGCAGACGCUUUUAUCCAAAGCGACUUACAGUCAUGUGUGCAUACAUUCUACGUAUGGGUGGUCCCGGGGAUCGAACCCACUACCCUGGCGUUACAAGCACCAUGCUCUACCAACUGAGCUACAGAAGGACCAGACUGAAUCGAGCCCUUAAGUACACAAUACUAGUUCACGUGUGGAUUUGGUUUCCGGUGAAAGAGGGGUCAGGACUCACCAGCACACUUUCUUAUGAUGUCCAACAUAGACAUGUAACAAUUGUAUAUUACUUUAAAAAUGUACUUUUAAUCACAGCCAUUUGACCAAGAGGUUUUGGGCUCAAAUUGAAACGUAUGCUUGUGGUGUUUCCUCAAUUCUCUGUCAAAUAUACGAAGAGUGAAAAAUGUGAAUGAGCUCGUGGCUCAAUGGUUAUAUCCUAUCCUUCAGACCAAGAGGUCGUAGGUUCAAACUUCAUUUCUUAAUAUACUGUUGUGUACGUUUCAGCAACUCUCGAUGUCAAACAUACAAAGAGUGUGGCAUAAAAUGUGAUGGAGAUGGUGGUGCAGUGGUUCAAUUACUGCCUUGUAAGACCAAGAGGUUCUAGCUUCGAACCUCAUCUAUUCAGCCAUUGUGUACUUCCCUUUGUAUGUUUGACAGCGAGAGUUGCGGAAACGUACACAAUGGCUGAAUAGAUGAGGUUCGAAGCUAGAACCUCUUGGUCUUAGAAGGCCGCAAGGCUCGCUGUCAAACAUACAAAGGGAAGGGUAAAACAAUGAUGAUGGUGGUGGUUCAAUCUCUACCUCAAAGCUUCGAGGUCGUGGGUUCAAAACAAAGUGUUGCCGCAGCUCUCGAUGUCAAACAUACGAAGAAAAAUAAAUACUGUGUUCAUUUCUGUUGAGGUUUAAAACUGUUUUUUGGUUUGCGCCUCUGAAAAUUCGGACUGUCAGAAAUACAAAGAAAAGCAGAUGUACAGUAAUGGACCAGUGGAGGCUGCUGAGGGGAGGACGGCUCAUAAUAACGACUAGAACGGAGAUCAUGGAAUGGGAUCAAACACAUGGAAACAAAUGUAUUUGAUACCAUUCCAUUGAUUCUGCUCCAACCAUUACCACGAGCUUGUCCUCCCCUGUUAAGGUUCCACCAACCUCCUGUGAUGGAGACACUUUACGCCAAUGAUGGUAAACUGUGAAUGACAAGUAGCCUAGUGGUUAUGAGCAUUGGGACAGUAACCAAAUGGUUGCUGUUUUGAAGCCCAGAGCCGAAUAGGUGAAACAAUCUGUUGAUGUGCCCGUGAGCAAGGCAUUUAACCCUAAAUUACAAAGAAUGUUGAAAAAAAUGUGAACAAAAAAAUUGUCUGGCUUUUUUUGUUGUUGUGAUGAUCAGAACUGUUCACAUCAGAAAUCAUGACAUUAUUUACGGUGCUCCCUUCACAUAGGGAAGAGCAGCAAGCCACUGAAGGUGUUGUAGUUAUCAAAAUGAUAAAAGAGCCCCCAGCCUGAGGGGAGACGCAUGUAGAUCGCAUCCCCCUCCUCCAGCUCUAGAGAAUGCAUUAGACAAGUACCGAAGAUCUCCAUGUGUACCGUAUUGGUCAUUUACCAGAACACUUUUGUCAUUGUGGUAAAGAUGAACGGCGAUGUGAGGUAAUCCAUUGCAGUGAAUCUGAUGUACUAGACUCCCUCUCACUGGCGGUGUGAAGAUACCUGCAUCAGAGGAGGAGGGAGGGAUCAGCAUUGUCCGUCUCUCAGAAGCCCUGUUUACACCUGGUUCUAACAUGCGGCCUUUGUACUGAUGUUGUACACGUUCUGAUUGUGCCCACAUUUUUAAGCAGGUGUAGACGAUUCAAAGGCGCAUUGUGAUGUGACUGUGAUCAAAUCUUAAAGUGUAAAAAGACAAGAUCAGGACGCAUGUUUACAGCAGGUAUAAACAGGGCUAGAGAAACUGUUGGUAAUGCUGGAUUCAGUGUGUGGUUAGUAGGCUACAUGUAGUUGGUUUGCAGGCCUUGCUGAUGUUGGUGAAGACUUUGCUGUAGAAGUGUGGUGUCAGUAUUGUCACUUAUUAUUGAAAGAUAAAUAAAGCCCAUUAAAGCCAA